AUGGAUAUCAACAAACCAGGCAACAUCGGAUUUGCCUACUCGGCCGCCAUCGUGCUGCUGGAGGUUGAGGACACCCUCAGGGAGCCGCCAAAGGCCGAGGUCUCUAUGAAGAAGUCUGUGCAGCUCGGGCUGGGCACCACGUUUUUCUUCUACCUGCUCAUCAGCGUCCUGGGGUACCUCGCCCUGGGCAACGCCGUCCCCGACAACGUCCUGCUGGGCUUCCGGAACUCUCCUGACUGGGUCAACAUGGUCGCCAACAUCAUGGUUUUGAUCCACAUGGUGUCAGCCUACCAGGUUUACGCCCAGCCCGUGUUCCAGUCCAUCGAGGACGUCCUUCUGGCCUGCUUCCCAUCAUGGCAGUUCACCAGCAGCAGACAAACAGAGUUCCUGCUCCGCCUGGGAUACAGGUCCUUGUAUGUGGUGCUGACAACGUUUGUGGCUUGCUUGCUGCCAUUCUUUGGGGCGUUCACAGGGCUGGUGGGAGCGGUGACCUUCUUUCCUACAGCGGUGGCCUACCCCAUCCUCAUGUACAUGCGCGUCAAGCCCACCACCCCAGCCCGCCGCGCGCUGAUGUGGGCCGUGUUCUGCCUCAUGGGCGGCGUAGCUCUGGUGGCCACAGUGGGGUCCAUUGAGAGCAUCGUGGAGUCUGCAAAGACCUUCACCCUGUUUGAGAAACCCUGA